AUGACCGUUGACCAUUUAGCCACGAAGUGUGGGAGUAUGCUUUACCAUAAUUAUGAAUGGAGCCAUAACGAGGUGGCGAGGUCUCUUCAUCUUUUGUUAUGCAAUAAGUAUGACUUGACGCAGUCCAGAAAGUUGCAAACUCAUCGAAUUCAAUCGGUGCGUGAGAAUUCAAACGUGUGCAUUAAGGUGGUCUACGAUAAAGUUGCCGAGGCGAUCGUUAUCGUGAAAGUAUGCAUCAUGUACCUAGAUCGUUUGAAGACUGUGGAAGUGGAGAAGCGGAAGAACUAUGACCUUCUUCCAAACGAGCUAUGA